AUGGAGGCCCUUCGCACAAGUUUGGAGACAGUCCUGGAGCAUGGACUGAAGAGGAAAGAGGAAGAUUCGGCUGAUCCCAGAGCAGGAAAAGGACUCAGUGCCACCAAGGCUGAGUACAGUGGGGAAUUCUGGGAAAGAACAGUGAAGACGAUCCUGGGGCAGGAGACUGGCACCUCGGACCUACAGCGCCAGCACUUCCGGGAAUUCUGCUACUGGGAGACCGAGGGCCCCCGAGAAGCUUACAUCCGACUCCAGAACCUUUGCUAUGAGUGGCUGAAACCAGAGCACCACACAAAAAAUCAGAUCCUAGACCGGGUGAUUUUGGAGCAGUUUCUGACCAUCCUGCCCCCAGAGAUGGAGAACUGGGUCAGAGAGUGUAGGCCGGAAACCAGUUCGCAAGCAGUGGCCCUGGCAGAAGGUUUCCUCUUGAGUCAGGAAGAAGACAAGCUUCUGGAAGAGCAGGGCCUGGUGACCUUCGAGGAGGUUCACGUAUAUUUCACUGAAGAGGAAUGGAACCUGCUGGAUCCCGAUCAAAGAGCGUUGUACAUCGAGGUCAUGCUGGAGAACUGUGGGAACGUGGCCUCUCUGGCGAGUGCUGGGUGGGAGCCCAAAAAUGAGGGAGAGCUGUAUGGUGUGCCUUCUGAGGAAGCCAGACAUACAGAAAGAGAAGAGCAGAAAUGGAAGACCGAAGUAAAAGAGGAAUGGAGGAAUCAGCCCUUUACGUCUCAGAGCAGUGACUUUCAUGAAAUUCCAAUCCCGGAAAAAAUAGAUAAAGGAAAGGAAAAGACUCAGUGCCCUGAGUGCGGGAAAAACUUUAGUUCCAAGUCAAACCUUAAUACUCACUGGAAAAUCCACACAGGGGAGAAACCAUUUAAAUGUUUGGAGUGUGGAAAGAGCUUUUGUCAGAAGGAAAAACUUAUUAGACAUGAAAGGAUCCACACAGGAGAGAAACCAUAUGGUUGCUUGGAGUGUGGAAAGAGUUUCAUUCAGCGAAUAGAUCUUACUACCCAUCAGAGAAUCCAUACUGGAGAAAAGCCGUAUAAAUGCUUAGUCUGUGGAAAGAGUUUCAGGCAAAGCUCAAGUCUUGCUUCACAUCAAAAAAUUCAUACAGGAGAAAAACCAUAUAAGUGUCUGGAUUGUGGAAAGACUUUCACAUUGAACUAUAGCCUUACAGUGCAUCAAAGAACUCACACAGGAGAGAAACCAUAUGAAUGUUUGGAUUGUGGGAAGAGCUUCAGUCAGAGCAUACACCUUACUUCCCAUCAAAGGAUUCACACUGGAGAGAAGCCGUAUGAAUGCCUGGAUUGUGGAAAGAGUUUCAUUCGGAGCACACACCUUACUUCACACCGAAGAAUCCAUACUGGAGAGAAACCAUUUAAAUGCAUGGAAUGUGGAAAAAGCUUUAGUCGGAGCACACAUCUCAUUAGACAUCAAAGAAUCCACACAGGAGAGAAACCAUAUAAAUGCUUGGAAUGUGGAAAGAGUUUUAGUCGGAAUACACACCUCAAUUCACAUCAAAAAAUCCACACUGGGGAGAAACCAUAUAAAUGCUGGGAGUGUGGAAGGAGUUUUCAUAAGAACACAGAUCUUUCUUCCCAUCACAGAGUUCACACAGGUGAGAAACCUUACCAGUGCCUGGAGUGUGGAAAGAGUUACAGAUGGAACUCAAGCUUCAUUUCCCAUCAAAGAAUCCACAUGGUGGAAAAACAAUUUAAUUGGUCAGAAUGUAGCAUGAGUUUAACAGCCUCUUGGAAGGAGGGUUCACUUCCUGUCCUAGCUACACGCGCAUCUUUGAAGGGUCUCCCCCCACCCACCCCCAAAGCUGGCUCUGCCCUUCAAGGACUUUGUGGGAGCCCUUCGGGUUGGAGGCCUGCCUUUGCCUUGAGAAAGGAAUUGGCAGAAGAGAAGGGUGACUCUCUGGCCCUUGGUAAGGGCAUCAUGGUAGAAGGAAGGGGAACAGGAGAGCAAGAGCUGGCAUCUCCCAAUGCAAGAGAAGGCUCCAAGACCACCGGGGCUAGGAGCAGUGGGGAAUUCUGGGGAAGAGCGGCACAAGAGAUUCUGGCGGACAAUCCUGGCGUUUCAGAGGGACCACUCCGGCACUUCCGGGAGUUCUGCUAUCAAGAGGCUAAGGGGCCCCGAGAAGUUUGCAACCGACUCCACGCUCUUUGCCGUUUGUGGCUGAAGCCGGAACAACACACGAAAAACCAAAUCCUGGACCUGGUGAUCCUGGAGCAGUUCCUGGCUGUCCUGCCCUCAGAGACCCAGAGCUGGGUCAGGGAAUGCCAGCCAGAGACCAGUGCCCAGGCAGUGGCCCUGGCAGAAGGCUUCCUGCUGAGCCAGGCAGAAGCUGAGAAGCAGGCAGAGGAGGAUUCCUGUAAGCAGGCCUUGUUUGUGGAGAUGACGGUUGAUCUCUCUGAGACCGCGAAUGCUCCUUUGGACUCCAGAUGGAGGCGUCUCUCCAGGGGAAUUAGGCAAGAGGGCGACCGAGGUGACGGAAGGAUUCUAGUGCCACCUGCCAGGUUGUCUCCUCUUUGUGACCAAGUGGAAACAGCUUCUGGGAAGCUAAAGCAGGGCCUGGUGACCUUUAAAGAGGUGCAUGUGUAUUUCACCGAGGAGGAGUGGAAUCUGCUCGAUCCAGACCAAAAAGCCUUGUACAUUGAGGUCAUGUUGGAGAACUGUGGGAACGUGGCUUCUCUGGGUGGUGGGUGGGAGACCAAGAGCGAGGGAGAUCCACCCAGUUUGACUUUGGAAAAAAACGGAUAUAAAGAAGGCAGACAGCAGGACAGAAAAAUGGAAGCAAGAUGGGAGAGUGGGAAUGACUCCAUGACACCUCAGAGUAGUGACUGUCCUGAAAUCUCUGUGCCUGAAAAGCUAGAGAAAGGAAAGAAUGUAUGUCAAGAAUGUGGGAAAAGCUUCAGUUCUAAGUCUAACCUGAAUACUCACUGCAAGAUCCACACAGGGGAGAAGCCAUUUAAAUGCCUGGAGUGUGGAAAGAAUUUCACUUUGAACUACUGCCUUAUGGUACAUCAGAGAACCCACACAGGCGAGAAGCCAUAUGAAUGUUUGGAGUGUGGGAAGAGCUUCAGCCAGACUUCAGGCCUUACUUCUCACCAGAGAAUUCACAGAGGAGAGAAACCCUUUAAGUGUCUGGAGUGUGGGAAGAACUUCAGUCGGAGCAUGCACCUGAUCAGACAUCAAAGGAUCCACACCGGAGAAAAACCAUACAAAUGCCUGGAGUGUGGGAAGAGCUUCAGCCAGACUUCAGGCCUUACUUCCCACCAGAGAAUUCACAGAGGAGAGAAACCCUUUCAGUGUCUGGAGUGUGGGAAGAACUUCAGUCGGAGCACACACCUGAUCAGACAUCAAAGGACCCACACGGGAGAAAAACCAUAUAAAUGCUUGGAGUGUGGAAAGAGGUUCAGUUGGAAUACAUAUCUUACUUCCCACCAAAAAAUCCACACAGGGGAGAAACCAUAUACAUGCUGGGAGUGUGGGUGGAUGUUCCGGAAGAACAUGGACCUUACUUUGCAUUAUAGAGUUCACACAGGCGAGAAACCUUAUAAAUGUCUAGAGUGCGGAAAAAGCUACAGGUGGAACUCGAGUUUUGCUUCUCAUCAAAGAAUCCACACAGUGACUCCACAAUAUAACUGCUCUAGCAUGAGCUUUUGUAAUGAAUCAGUCCUUUAAAAAACAUCUGAGAACUCAUGGAGGAAUCAAAAUCUAAAUGCUCAGAGUUCUCAAAAGAGUCAUGAUUUGUAACAGAACAGAACAAGCAAAUUGCAGCAGGAGUUUUUGUGACUGACCACAAUUCCUUUGCAGAGACUGCGGAAAACAUUAGUAUUAUUGAUGUAUUGUCGAAGGCUUUCAUGGCCAGAGAACGAUGGUUGUUGUGGAUUUUCUGGGCUGUAUAGCCGUGGUCUUGGCAUUGUUGUGCUGUACAAUGCUGUACAGUACAGUGCUGUACAUUGUUGUACAAUGCCAAGACCACGGUUAUAUAGCCCGAAAAAUCCACAACAUUAGUAUUAUUACAGUAUUUUCUCUAAUGCAAGGUUUUCCUUCCCCCAUGCAUGUUGUCAAACAAAAAGAGAGGUUGUCUUAUAUGUCAAAUGGCAAGAAAAGUGCUGCAGCUGCCCAAAGCUUUCUGAAAGCCCCAAAGUAAGCAAUUUAAACACAGAAAGGAAGAACCAAUCAACCAUGGUUUUAUAUUGCAGCCAUGCUAAAAACUAUUGGUCACAUUAAUAACUGUAUAUAAUUCUGGUUACUGCACAUCUUCUGUGAGAACUUUGUUAU